AUGGCUGUGAUGUCUGUGUUCUCAAUGAUCUCAUCCAUGUCUAUAAUAAGUUUAACGCUUGCACCUAUGAAAAAGCAGAUGACCAACGACAUUAUUCCAGUGACAAUAGCCAGUGGAUACACCAGUGAACUACAUGGACAAUUUGAUGUUCUCAGUGGCGAAGAGGAGAAUGAUGAUGAUGAUUUUUUGUUACACAAAACCAUGGCAGAUUUUGGUGGCAUUGAUAAUCGAUAUCUUGUUUCACAUGAAUAUCUAAAUGGUGAAACAAAAAACCAAUAA